AGCCUGAUAUGAGUUGCAGAGAAAUUCUGCGAAGACAAAAACAACGCUCGCUCCAAUUUACGGGCGUGACAGUUGAACGACAACAAUCAAGCUUCCGGUUUUCCCCAUUCUUACUAGAGUUCACUAGCAUGAUCUUGUGAGCGUAAAAUCAACAAGUUUAUGUAUAAUAGAUUUACGUGUACGCUAGGUACAUUUUAUUAUUUUGUUUGUCGUGGAAUAAGAGCACCGAAAGAGCUAUUACUGACUUUGAUACACCGCUUUAUUUGACCAUUACACUGCGGGCAACUUCCAAUACGGGUUAUUAUGAGCGAAGGAGAGGUAUUCCAUGAGAAGCAGCGACUGGAGUUGUGCGCCAUUCAUGCUCUGAACAACGUUCUGCAAGAACAAGUGUUCACCAAGGAGACGGCAGAUGACAUCUGCAAGCGGCUAGCUCCACAGUGUGUGGUGAACCCUCACCGCUCGAUGCUGGGCACAGGCAACUAUGACGUCAACGUCAUCAUGGCUGCCCUACAGAGCAGAGAGUUGGCUGCAGUAUGGUGGGACAAACGCAGAACAGUACAGAGUCUCUGUGUUGACAAGGUCCAGGGGUUCAUCCUGAACGUUCCGUCACGUGUCUCUCUUGGAAUUGUAUCCCUCCCCGUCAAGCGGCGGCACUGGCUUGCAGUGCGCCAGGUUAAUGGACACUACUACAACCUCGACUCCAAACUAAAGAGUCCUGUCUGCAUCGGGAACGAAGCAGAUCUCCGUACAUUUCUCAGUGAAGUUCUGUCUCCGGACGUGGCAGAGAUGCUCCUGGUUGUGAGGAGGGACGUGGAGGAGUACGGAACCUGGCUGAACUCUGAUCUCAGGAAGUGAUUCCUCUGGCCUGGGCAUUCCUUCAUUCAUUCAGCAUGGGACUCAAACUCCUACUCUACUCUGGAAAAACAAAUAACAUUUUAGAAAACAAGAGGCGCUUAACAAAAAGUACAUAUUUCAGGAAAUGCAUUACCGGUUGCUGAGGAGUGUGGGCACUCUUAGACACACGAAGUGCCAAAGAUAAUUUAAGAUGACGAGGGAUUUCUGUCCCAAAUUACUUGUUUGUAACAGUUUACUGACUGUUUGGAUUUCUACACUACAGCUGCAUCUAUAUAUUUUUCCUUCUCUCUCUUCCUUCUUCCUAUGCACUGCACUGUCGAGGUAGAUCAGUUAGAACUGGUUUGUUUUUGUUAUUCUAUGCACUGCACUGUCAAGGUAGAUCAGUUAGAACUAGUUUGUCUUUGUUAUUCUAUGCACUGUCGAGGUAGAUCAGUUAGAACUAGUUUGUCUUUGUUAUUCUAUGCACUGUCGAGGUAGAUCAGUUAGAACUAGUUUGUCUUUGUUAUUCUAUGCACUGUCGAGGUAGAUCAGUUAGAACUAGUUUGUCUUUGUUAUUCUAUGCACUGAGGUAGAUCCGUUAGAACUAGUUUGUCUUUGUUAUUCUAUGCAAAGAGGAGGUACAGAGGCGGCACUGGAUGUCAUGUUGACAACUGACUGUGUGAAAAUAAUGCUUCUAUGUUUGUGUUCUGUCUGCGUCUACAUCUAACUAUGCAUAUCCAAGUGAAUGGGAGCACUGUCUUUCUGUUACACGCGCUACACACACACUCAGAGGAUAUAAAGAACAUGUUAUUUAUAUGUAA